AUGAAUCUAUCUCCAACUCCAAGACGGUACGCUUCACGAUCAAAACCGAUGGGUUCUGAUAAUGCUUUUAUGUAUUCUGAUCCAAUAGAUGUAAGAAAUAGCGCCAAUAAUGAUCGCAUCAUACCAGAAGAGUAUAGGCUCAAUUCACAGAUGAUCAACCGAUUAAUCAAACAGAAUAAGGAAUUGAUUUUGAAGCUGGAUGGAAAGCAGGAAGAAAUUGAUAGGCUAAAUAUCUUGGUGGGGUCUUUGAGAGGAAAACUGAUCAAGUACACGGAGAUGAACAAGAAACUGGAAACAGAGAGUCGCGUUUCAAGCGGCACUACAACGACCGAGAAUGAACAGGACUACAUACAGGUACCCAAGAGACGAUCUGAACCUACCAAUAGAGAAGAAGUGAUACAUGAUGAUCGAAUCAAUGCGUUAAAUGAAAAAUUGGAUAAAUUGACUAAACUCGUCUUACAAAAUAACGUCCCCGCUUCUUCAUCACCUUUACAGUCUCCCACAGUGCUUCCAACGUCAUCGAGCAGGAGAACAGUAUUAAGCCCUUCGGAAGAAGAUAUUAUGUGUCGAGAGAGCCAGGAACUAAAGCAAAUGGAAGACCAAAUAGAUUCACUGAAACGGAAACUGCUUAUCAAGAGAGAAAACGAGCUCAGAAAAAUCUCUUUAAACCAAGAAUUACUAGAGCUAAUGGAUAAACUCAGCACACAAACCCCCCAGGAACGGGAGAGAGUCGCAAGCCGUGAUUUAUCUGUCAACUCACCCGAGUACUGCACCGAAUGCCACCACAAGGAAAAUCACAAGCAUCACCACAGCGUAAGGCACACACAACCCAGCGCGAUGGGCAAGAUUCCAACUCAGAACCCACUCGAGACUCCAACACCUAUGCCCAAGAAGGCAGGCAUAUCACAAGUCGAAGCCAACGAUACAAUAAAUCGCGUCUGGUGA